AUGUCUACAGCCGCCAGGCGUCGCUUGAUGCGCGAUUUCAAGCGAAUGCAAACAGAUCCUCCUGCCGGCGUUUCCGCCUCGCCAGUCCCGGACAAUGUCAUGACAUGGAAUGCUGUGAUUAUUGGUCCCGCCGACACGCCAUUCGAAGACGGCACAUUCAGACUGGUCAUGCAGUUUGAAGAGCAAUACCCAAACAAGCCACCUGCCGUCAAGUUCAUCAGCCAGAUGUUCCACCCCAAUGUCUACGCUACAGGCGAACUCUGUCUGGAUAUUCUGCAGAACCGUUGGAGCCCGACAUACGACGUGGCAGCUGUUCUCACCAGCAUCCAGAGUCUACUGAAUGAUCCCAACACGGGAUCACCAGCAAACGUCGAAGCCUCGAACCUGUAUAAGGACAACCGAAAGGAGUACACGAAGCGGGUGCGGGAGACGGUGGAAAAGAGCUGGGAGGACUAG